UGGGAGGUGGGCCGGGGAUUAAAGGGUAGGGUUCCUCCUAUAAUAAAACUUGCUGACACAACGUUGAAAGUCAUUGUCUUACUCAUCCUCACCCAAGAUAAGUCAACAAUGGGUGGUAUCAAGGCUGCAGAGUUUCCCCCCGUGAGAACACAGUGAGAUGAGCUUUGCGUGGGCUGGUCGGUUCAAAGAAAAACAAGCAGCCGUGGGUUGGAAGCCGCCUAAAGGUUAAGCAGUGGGGAUCGUUGAAACCAUGGCUGGCAGUCCUCACAGAUGCUUUGCAAGAAUGCUUGAUUUCGUGCACAGAUGCCUGUGUCUCCUGUGAUCUCAGUAUAGUCACAUCUACAAUGACCGAGAUUCAUAUUACUAGUAAGGCACCAGGAAACUUUUCACUAAAAAGUGUGGCCAACAGGAGCAACGAGAACCAGCACCAUUUCCAAAAGGACAAUGACAGCAUUCUUUCGGCUGUGGGGCUGACGCCUGGGACGAGCUAUCAAAUCAGAUACUCAAAUGACUCUACUACCUGCUGCCAACAAGCACAGACAAAACCCAGUCCUGUGUACAACCUUGGAGCUGCUGCUGUCAACACGACCAGUGUGACUCUCACAUGGGCAAACGGUGACUCGGCAGCUUCUCUUUAUGAGUAUGAAGUAAAGUACGAGAUGGACAGUAGGCAGCUGAAUCUUUCUGUAAAUCAAACAAGCAUUAACAUCCGGGACUUAAGUCCAGGGACUUUGUACACCUUCUCCAUCACUCCAAGGAUAAACGGGAUUUUGGGAAAUGCCACGUUCAUAAGUGUCACAACAGAGCCGCUUCCAGUUUCUGGUCUUGAAGUUGCCUUCGAGGGUGUGACAGAAGUUGCUCUUACCUGGGAGAAUAAUAACAGCACAGCCACCUGCCGGAUGCUCGUUGAAGCCAUGGGAAGCCAUGAGGACUUGAAUCAAAACUUAGCCAUCAAUAUUUCAAACCUGAAGCCAGGGAUGAAAUAUAAGGCCACCCUACAGGUUUUGGUAUCUGAAACACAGAGAGACCCGGUUGGAGAACGUGGCUCAGACGCCGUGAGCACAGAGAGCUCGGCCCAGGCCGCCGGGAACCCUACUGCCCCUGCGUACGGGUAUCACCUGAAGCAUGAAGACGCAGCCUCUGUUGAUCCUCUGGCCAACACGGAAGUCCUGCUUCUUGGGUUAGAGUCUGACACACGGUACAAGGCCACGGUUUAUUCUCAAGCACAAGCUGGCACAGAAGGACAGCCCCAAGCCGUAGAAUUCAGGACAAAACCCAUUCAGGUUUUUGACGUCGAAGCUGCCAACAUCAGCGCCACGAGCAUGACCCUGACCUGGAAAAUCAACGAUAAUGGGUCGUCCUCUGUCUACACCUACAAGAUACAAGUUGUUGGGAAGACCGAUUCUCUCAAUCUCACUGUCAGUGAGACUCAGGCCGUCAUCACCCCACUCAGCUCGAGCACCUUGUACAGCGUCACAGUGCGUCCUUUCCUCCGGGGUGGUUCCGAGGGCACGCCGGGCUUUCUCCAAGUGUACACCCGUCCGCAUCCAGUUUCUGACUUGCGAGUGACGAGUAUCACCGUAAGGAGUAUCAGCUUAGCUUGGAGCAGCAGUGACUCGGAUUCCUUUAAGAUACUUACCACAUGGGACGGAACGGAGAAACCUCAGGUGGAAACAACCGACCAAAAUAGUAUUGUCAUUGGUGGCUUGGACCCUGGAGCCAAGUAUUGCUUUGAAAUAUUCCCACAAGGCCCGAAUGGCACUGAAGGGGUUUCCCAGACACUGUGCAGUGCAACCGAUCCCAGUGCGGUGUUUGACAUCCGCGUGGUCCAGGUCACCACGACUGAAAUGCAGUUGGAGUGGCAGAAUAUAGACAACACCUCUGAUUACAUCUACCGUCUGUAUCUAGAGUCUGACAACAGCUCUAGUGAGACGAACACUUCUUACAGAUCCAUCACUCUCAGGGACCUGAUCCCUGGCACCUUAUAUAACAUCACGGUUGUUCCAGAAGUGAACGGCAUCCCCGGGCACCCCAGCUCCACUGUGCAGUACACACGGCCCAGCAAUGUGUCCAACAUUGAAAUAAGUACCAACGUCACAGCAGCAACCUUCAACUGGCAGAACUCUGAUGGGGCUGCUCACACGUACACCUACCGCCUUCUUAUUGAGAAGGAUAGCAAUUCCAGCAACGCAACUGAAAUAGUCACAGGCAUUGGCAUCACCUAUGCUACAGUCACCGAACUGAUACCUGGCUCAUUGUACACAGUAAAGAUCUUCGCCCAAGUGGGGAAUGUCACUGAGUCACUGGCACCUGGCUGGCAGUCAUUCUGUACAGACCCGGCACCCGUCGCCUCCUUUCACUGUGAAGUGGUCCCCAAAAAGCCAACCUUGGUACUCAAGUGGGCCUGCCCUCCUGGCACCAACACAGGCUUUGAGCUGGAGGUCAGCAGAGGAGACUGGAGGAAUAUAACACACCUGGAGGGCUGCUCCUCGGAGGACGGUGCUGAGUACCGGACGGAAGUCACAUCUUUGAAUUUCUCUGCCUUGUAUGACAUCAACAUCACUGCCUUGUCCUGUGAAAAGAGGGCACCUCCCACCCAAAACACCUGCCUCACGGGCAUCACAGACCCCCCUUCUCCAGAUGGGUCUCCUAAUAUUACGUCUGUCAGUCACAAUUCGGUAAAGGUCAAGUUCAGUGGGUUUGAAGCCAGCCACGGACCCAUCAAAGCCUAUGCUGUCAUCCUCACCACUGGGGAAGCUGACCCGUCUGCAGAGGUUUUGAGCCAUACUUAUGGAGAUUUCAAAAAGGGGGCCUCGGCUACCUAUGUGACAUACCUCAUCACAGCAGAAGAAAAGAGACGUCCUCAGGGCUUGUCUGAAGUCUUGAAAUAUGAGGUCGAUGUGGGGAACGAGUCAACCACGCACGGCUAUUACAACGGGAAGCUGGAGCCCCUGGGCUCCUAUCGGGCUUGUGUGGCCGGCUUCACCAAUAUUUCCUUUAGCCCUGACAGUGGACUCAUCGACGGGAACGGGAGCUACGUGUCCUUCAGUCGCUACUCAGAGGCCGUUUUCUUGCCCCAGGAUCCAGGUGUCAUCUGUGGAGCCGUUUUUGGAUGUAUCUUUGGCGCCAUGGUUAUUGUGGCUGUUGGAGGCUUCAUCUUCUGGAGAAAGAAAAGGAAAGAUGCAAAGAACAAUGAAGUGUCCUUUUCUCAAAUUAAACCUAAAAAAUCCAAGUUAGUGAAAGUGGAGCAUUUCGAGGCCUACUUUAAGAAGCAGCAAGCUGACUCCAACUGCGGGUUUGCCGAAGAAUACGAAGAUCUGAAGCUUGUUGGAAUUAAUCAGCCUAAAUAUGCAGCUGAACUGGCUGAGAACAGAGGAAAGAAUCGCUAUAAUAACGUUCUGCCCUAUGAUAUUUCUCGUGUCAAGCUCUCAGUCCAGAUCCACUCAGCUGACGACUACAUCAAUGCCAACUACAUGCCUGGCUACCAUUCCAAGAAAGAUUUCAUUGCUACGCAAGGACCUUUACCCAACACCUUGAAAGCUUUUUGGCGAAUGGUUUGGGAGAAAAAUGUAUAUGCCAUUGUCAUGUUGACCAAAUGUGUUGAACAGGGAAGGACCAAAUGUGAAGAGUACUGGCCUUCCAAGCAGGCCAAGGACUAUGGGGACAUAACUGUGGCAAUGACCUCCGAAAUUGUUCUUCCAGAAUGGACCAUCAGAGACUUCACUGUGAAAAAUAACCAGACGAGUGGCAGUCACCCUCUGCGACAGUUCCACUUCACGUCCUGGCCUGACCACGGGGUCCCUGACACCACCGAUCUACUCAUCAACUUUCGGUAUCUCGUGCGUGACUACAUGAAGCAGAGCCCCCCCGAGUCGCCAAUUCUCGUGCAUUGCAGCGCCGGCGUUGGGAGGACGGGCACUUUCAUCGCCAUCGAUCGUCUUAUCUAUCAGAUAGAGAACGAGUACACUGUGGACGUGUACGGGAUUGUGUAUGACCUUCGGAUGCACAGGCCUUUAAUGGUGCAAACAGAGGACCAGUAUGUUUUCCUCAAUCAGUGUGUUUUGGACAUUAUCAGAUCCCAGAAAGACUCAAAAGUGGAUCUCAUCUACCAGAACACAACCGCAAUGACAAUCUAUGAGAACCUCGCCCCAGUGACCACGUUUGGACAAACAAAUGGUUACAUCGCCUAAUUCCGGAGGAAAAUCUCGCUGGAGUCCAUUAGACCAUCACACCCACAGCAAAGGAAAAUGCCCCAAUGUUGACAUGUUUUUAGAUGUCUAAUAUCUUAAUGCUUUGUUCUGUUUUGUUAGAACUAAUGGAGGGUGUGAAGCUCCCAGGUCACACGGGACAGAUGAGAAGUUGGGGCUGUCAGGGGCUGUGGAUGGGCGGAGAGCAGAUCAACUGCAUUCCUGGCCACCCGUGGGAUGAGUUCAUUUUUUUCCCCUUGAGAAUUGUGGAAAACCAGGAGAAAUGAGCUAUGAUUUUUUGUUUUUCUUUUUCAAAACAUUUUUUUUUUAAAGACUAUUUUAUAUGAUCCAUUGUGGAAGCCAGGAUCGUGUUGGGUUGAAUAUAUUUUAAGAAUCAGAGGUCUAUUUUUACCUACUGUAUCUUGGAAUCUAGCUGAUGGAAAAUUCAUAGCUGUGGAUGAUUAUCAUGCAGGGAGGGGUGUGUGGCCCCCUCCCCUGGGUUUCUCUUUGAACAUGUGCCUUUUCUGAAUUAUGCUUCCACAGGCAAAACUCAGUAGAUUUCUAUAUUUUUGUACUGAAUCUCAUAAUUGGAAUAUGCGGAAUAUUUAAACAGUUGUUUAGUAUCAGCCUUCUCAGUAACAUUCCUGUUCUUAUUUGAUUAGAGGAGGCCCCCCACCCUCCCCGUUUUGUGUUCUAUUCCUUCUUCCCUUUUCCCUCCCAGUUUUCCCCAAAGACGUGUGUGUCAGUCACAUUUCCAGCCCACCGGUUGAGUGAGAGUGGAGACUAAAAACACCUUGAGAAAUUGGGGGGGGGGGUAGGGAAGCAAAGGAACUCUACCGCGAUGGACUCUCCUUUUCCGGUCCCUGUUUUGUCCUUUUUCUCAUUUCUGUAUUUGGUAAGAAGGAUUAUUUAAAGGUGCAAUAUGUGACUUAGUGAUUCAGAAAGCUCUAGGUUCUUAGCAACGUUUUACUCAGGUUGGCAUUUUAUGUGUGUCUGUGUAAAUGUGUGUGUGUGUUUAAACGUGUGGCAAUCUGUGAACAUGUCAGUGUGAAAACAGCAUCCGAUGAAUUCCUCCUCCUUCGAAGUCCACUGGCUUUAGUCUGUCUGCAGUGACACAUGUUGGUAUCUACUGUAUAUAAAUAUACAUACUACACUCUUCAAAGCAGUCAUUCCUUGGAGUUGAGGUGUACAAAGUUUGAAUUUGUAUCAAAGAUGUAAUUAUUAUUUUUAAAACCUUUUUUCACUAUACUGCUGCUGUAAUUACUUUGAAUUAAAAAAAAGUGUAGAUUAACUUUUUUUUUUUUGCUUCCGGUGUGUAUCCACCAAGAAUUUCAGAAUUUAUGUGGAUUAAUUUUAUUGGUACAUGAUCUGUAAAAUUCUCAAGGCAUUAACAUGAAAGGAUUUGUUUCUUUUUAUUUUAUAUUGUGGCUCAGGUUAUAUUGUGAAGAAGUUUUGAGUGUAUCCUCCAAUCGGUGUUGAAGUACACAAGGUCUUAUGAAGGAAUAUCCAUGUCCCCGCAAGCCCGUGGCCCUUGGCCACAGCCAUAAAUCCUGCUGUAAACUUAGGACAGGUGUGUCCUAUUGAAGAUGGGGAUGGGGUCUUCUCCGGUGCCCUGGCCCCCGUGGACCUGUGGGAGCCUCUCUGCUGACCCUGCCUUGCUCCUCAGCUCACCAGCACUUUGAUGACUGACUGGACACGUGACUGGGUGUUUUGGGGUUCAGAAGGGUGAACCAGGUUGUAUUGACAGCCCUUGAUCCGGUUCAGAGGUCACUGCUGUACGUCUGUUAUUCCCUUUCCCUUUGAGGUACCGGAAGAACGAAAAGGAGAGGCGGCGGUGGUGUCUUGUUUUGGGAGAACCUUACUUCCCAAACGGAAAUUGCACUUUUUGCUGAAUCCUUUGCUGUCUUUGGUAGUAAGCAGUUCAUUCAAGGUCAGACCCUUUGAGGAAUGGGUUGGCCUGGCCAGGUUGGGCCUCUUGCUGCCACUUCGGAGGGGCCGUGGGCUCUGCCGGUCCGGAUCGGGGAGCCACGCCGUGGCGGGGUGUGGAGUGCAGCUGGGCUGGUCUGGCCCCCGUGUGCAGGUCUCGGAGAGUCCGUAGCUUCAUCCAGAGGUCCCUGUUCAGGCAGCAGUCUGGCCACACCCCUCCCCACUCCACGUUGUCAGGCAACCAUGGCGAUGGGGGUCGUCCAGGUGUCAAAUCCCUGGAGAUGCUAUGCCUUGCCCUGCCCGCAUCACUACCACGGACACAUCGGAGGGAAGGACCUGGCUCUAAAAAUUCCUUUAACAUUAAUGAAAACAACCAUGAUUAUAACCAUAUUGUAUAAAAACUCAAAAAACAAAAGCCCUCCUCCCUUCCGCCUGGCGUGGGCUUGGGAACUGGGCAGCAGCCCCACGAGCCGCUCCCGGAUGUCAUCCCCAACCCCAGAGGAAGGCUGUGCUGGAGCGCUCUGGAUUCUGAGUGGCGGGUCACACAGAGGUCACCAUGCCUCUGCCGCCUGAAGACGCUGGGAAUGGGGCCAGCGGGGGUGGCGAGAGUAUUUAUAGCACAGGGAUUGAAAAGGGAAGAUGGAUGUGUAAAUAUAAUGGACAUCGUGGCUGGGGAGGUGGCCAUAGGAAAGAGGAAGGUGUUUUUGAACUCCUGCCCAAACCCUCCCAGGAACAAAGAACUAAAAGGUGAGGAGGCCAGUGGAAUUAUGGAGAUGGUGGGAUUGCCCUGCUUUUGUAUUUGACAGUCACAUACAGAAAAGCAGCCAGGGUGUCAUUAGUGGUCAUCGGUUUGGGGGAUUUGGGUCAUCGAAUCUCUUCUCAGAGCAAAGACGUUUUGCCUCCAAAGUUCAAUCGAGUGACGAUCGGGACCGGGAGGAAAUGACAUCUGUGGUCUGUGCUCUGUGGCCAUGUGAUGACCUCCAGCUAGCUGUGGCAUCCGUGACCCCACUGGAUUUGGGCUUCAUCAAGUCUGAGGCUCCCGGGGGGUGGGCCCCCCUAUGCAGCUGACACGUUCGCUUUUCACCUGGAUGAAAAGCCUGGUUCUCUUUUGGAGUGAUUGACCGUGCAUAUUGAGCUAAAAAGGACUUGGUGACGGAUGUUGAUUUGCCUCAAAAGUCCCAAGUUCUGAGUUUGCAGACUGUCCAGAGCAGCCAAGCCUUCAACAUACUGUAGCUUUUCCCCCCUCCCUUGGGGCACAUAUGGGUAGGCUGUGUUGAUGUAGACUCUAAAACUGUAAUUUUCUUGUAACUAUUUUGGAAUGAUGCAUAUUUCUAAUGUUUGUUAUACUUGUACAGAGUAUUGCUGUUGGUUGCUUUUCUUUGUUUUUUAAGGAAAAAAAUGGCCUGAAAAAAUUUUUAAAAAAGACUUACAAAUACCAAAUAUAAAAAAU